AUGGCUCGCAUCCAGCACGAUGUCGAACCCUCGAAUGCCGCCAUUCUCUCUCGUCUAACACGACUGGAAGAGAUGAUCCUGCGUAUGAACCAGGCCGCUCCUUCCACACCAGAUUCGCUAUCCAUCAGGCACCACGAACAUGAGAUAGUACCUCCCUUGACCCCUACAGAAGCCUCACACCAGCUAGAAUCUCAGCAGUUGACGAAUAUUGGAACCGAGGGACCGAGACAUUUACCUGCCAUGUCAACUUCCUAUAUCUUUGAAACAGUUGCCAUGACCGACAUCGAGCAAUUGGAAAGCACGCUGAUUGAACACUCGGACGGCCCUCUGAAACGUAGAAGGAAGAUGCUCGUCCCCGUCUAUAGCGAUGCUCGCUGCCUCUUCGAUCAGUACGCCAAGUAUAUCUGCCAUUUUCAUCAAAUCAUCCACCUGCCAACUUUUCUCCGUACAAUGGAAAAAUUCUACCUCGAUAUAUCACAAGGAAAGGCAGUUAACACCGACCACGCUGCGCUUGUUCUAAGUGUUUUGGCGACUGUAUUAGGCUAUUCGAAAUGGAGCGAACCCGAUUCUUCCCCGUUCCAAUUCGCUUCCAACAGAGACAUUACAUUCUUGAUUCUCUUCAGAUCUGCUCUAGACCUCCUUGAGUAUUCGCGAAGGGUCCUUUCAGGCUCGGUGGAGAUUGUGCAAACUGCUAUUAUCAUUGUUUUCAUCGAGUACAAUCUCGAAGGCUUUACGUCGCGCGCACGAGCACUCCUUGCUCAAGCCUUGCUGACCGCUCAAGAACUGUCAAUGCACAAAAUUGACUGCCCUUCCUCAACAAGACGGCGCGAAAGUUCGACAUCAGUGAAGUCGUUGAUAGAGACGGAAAUGAAGAGAAGAAUAUGGUGGCACCUUGUAGCAACUGAUUGGAUGAUCAGCCUGGCUGGAGGUCCGCAAGAAGGCAUCUAUUCGGCUCAUCCUCAGCAGAUGCGAGUACGUCUGCCUCGCAACAUUGACGAUGAAGUGCUUGAUAGAGGUAACGCCACAGAAGAUUUGCCUUUGACCCAGCCAACUGUUAUGAACUAUCCACUUCACCGCGUCCGUCUUGCAGAGCUCAGCAGGACGGCAAUCGACACCCUGCGUUUUGGUCUCGCAGAUCCUACCGAACACGAUUACGCUCAGAUCAUGCAGCUUGACCGACGAAUUCAAAACUUCAUAGAAGACCUACCCAUAUUUCUCAAGCUCGACGAAGAGAGUGUAAAGAAGAGUCAGAACGUGCUGGACCGAUAUCCCUUCUUCGCUAUGCAAAGGUACAUCAUCAAUCUCGGAGUGUAUAGCGUGAGGUGCAAAAUUCACCAACCAUUCCUCAUGAGAAGUAAUGCAAGAGAGCAAUAUUCGCAAUCAGAAAACAUGUGCAUUAGCUCAGCUGUCAAGGUGAUAGAAAUCAGCAAAGCGAUUCGAGCUGAUCCUACUCAUUACAUACCAGUGAAGGUCAAGGUGCGAGGCCUCAUGCAUCACCUUUUCCUAGCUACGGUCGUCUUGGCCAUGGACUUGUGCUUCAAUCGUAUGUAUAGAGAGGAAGAUCCCCGAAAACAGGGCGUCUCAGCUGCAAUCGAGAUGCUCGAGGAUGCCAAGGACGAAUCAGCCCAUGUACAUAGAUUCCUCGAUUCUCUGACCGAAGCGCUCCGAAAGCACCAGGUUCGUUUCAGGGAGGAUGCGACAAGUCUUGUAGCCACGCAGUAUGAAGCUACUGGUCCGACCUGGCUUUCAGCUAUCAGUGGCCAAGUACCAGCGAUAACGGCGGCAGGGGUGUCAAAUCCGACUCAGACAACAUUGCUUGGUUUCGAAGAUGUCUGGCAACAAGAUGCUAUCUUUGAAGACGGCAUGCCAGCUAUGCCUGACUGGGAUCAAUUGUUCUCCGAGCUGGACACCUUUAUCGCAUGA